UUGUCAAAAUAAUAAUUUCCUGAAACGAAUUCCGAGAUAAAACCGUAAUAAAUCCGUGAAAAUGAGUGAAGAAAACUCGGAACAAACGCUGAUUUGUGUCCCCGGUCAGGUGCUAUGCGCCAUCUCAGAAUUCACCGUGGCCAGCGAGGGAACGUACGAGAAGUUGGGCUACAUCCACGCAGCGCUAGCCGGUAUCGUGAAGCUGAAGAAGCGCGAGAAAAACACGUUUAUCUCCGUGAUUUCCUUCGGCGGCGGAUCCACAGUUCCGGUGAUCGGCGAUAUCGUGACGACACGGAUCACAGCGGUGCACCAUCGGAUGGCCAAAUGCCGCAUUUUGUGUAUCGGUAAAACUGCCCUUAAUCGCCCGUACCGCGGAAUCAUCCGGAAAGAGGACGUACGAGCGACAGAGAUCGACCGCGUUGAGCUACACAAAUGCUUCCGACCCGGCGAUAUCGUGCUGGCCCGGGUCCUGCAUCAGAUCGAGCUGAACGUGUUCCAUCUUUCGACGGCGGACAACGAGCUCGGAGUCGUGGUGGCCAUUUCACCCAGCUCGCGGGCUAAUUCGGGAGCCGAAACUGUGCCGAUGGUUCCGGUUUGCUGGACGGAAGUUCAGUGUCCGGUGACGCUGAUAAAGGAGCCACGCAAGGUAGCAAAAGUGGUUCCCGAAAAAGGCGAAGCGCUUAGUCGCAAUUUAGAGUUAUUUUAAACCGAAUAAAAAUCAGUUGUAUCAA